UAAUAAGGGAGCACUUGUGCAUAGCGACUAUCAGUUGUUUACGUUAGUGUGAACGCAAUCUUCAUUAGUUAGUGUUUUAGUGUAAACAGUUACGGAUACCAUUAAUUUCUUUUUUCGAGAUGCCGGGUCCGCUGCCAGUAUGCACAGAUGACUUACACUCCUACAAUUUCCCCUUCGUCACCCGUUCCGAGUGGCACGCUAGGGUCCCAAAGUUGACCCUUCCCCUGCCUACCCCCGUGCCAUAUGUGGUCAUCCACCACUCCUACAGCCCGGCCGCUUGUGUGAACGGAGAGCAUUGCAGGAGAGCCAUGAGAACCAUGCAGGACAUGCAUAUGGAUGGGCAGAAUUGGGGGGACAUUGGAUAUAACUUUGCAGUGGGCAGCGAUGGAAUGGCGUACGAAGGCCGCGGCUGGCAAGCCCUGGGUGCGCACGCGCUUCAUUUCAACAGCGUCAGCCUCGGCAUAUGCGUCAUAGGGGAUUGGCGACAUGAUCUGCCGCCAGAGAACCAGCUUGAAACUACCAAGUCGUUGAUAGCCGCAGGAGUGGAACUAGGCUACAUCAGCCCCGACUACAAACUGAUUGGCCACAGGCAAGUGGGCCCAACAGAGUGCCCUGGCGACGCACUGUAUGGAGAGAUCCAGACGUGGAAACACUACUCACCGCACCCGGCUUCGUGCGAAGACCUGCUAUACCUGAAAGAAAUAUCGGAGAAAGUUAAAGAGGUUAUUAGGGGGAAUGCUACUUAUGAUGAUUAUUAUUUCAUAAAAAAGGACUGAACAUUUAGAAUUUUUUUAGGAGAGACCUCGAUUUUUCAUGCGACAUUAAAUCAGACUGAGUAGAUUUUUUUUGGGAAAUAGCGUCUAAAACAACUAUUAUGUAGAUGCUACAUUGUUAGCAGCUGAUGUACGGUUGGCUAUAAAUUAAUUAAAUAAAACUAUUUAAGUCUAAAUUACUAAUAUU